AGUCAGUCCCCUCAUCGAGCGCUCCGAUUCGUUACGACUUUUCCGACCCGAUCGGUAUUCACCAAUCGUAGAACAGUGCGAUCAAGUAAAAAGGAGCCAUGCCGGAAAAUUUGGAAACAGGUUGAAAGCAGAUAGAGGCAGUUCAGGCAGUGGUCCGAUGUUCGGCGCAGGAGGUACGAAAAGAAAAUCCAAGUGUGAUAAGAUGGCGUCACGCACGUCAGAUCUAGGGAAGAAGUGAGGGGUAGAGGAAAGACAGGAAGGAGGCAGGCCAGGCGAACGUCGCCAGGGGACUGCGGUGUGUGACAGAGAGUGUGAAUACGGGUGCUGUCAUGUCUUCUUCGGACCUUAAGAACGGCUACGUUUCGAUCACGGUAAAAUCUUGUGCACGAUUCAUCGUUUAAUAAUAUCAUCAAUGCCUUUGUCCGGCAAUAAGAAUCGUUCUAGUUCUAACGCGAUCGUCUCAACGAUACGAAGAAGACAGAGUUAAUAUAGCGGCAGUCAAUUUUUGUAGUGUUCGAGAAAGAACAAACGUGCAACGAUAAUCGGCUAAAAGGUACUCGAGAGAGAGAGAACCUUCCUCUCGGUCCUGGACACGUCGAGGAGGAGGAGGAGACGGAGGAGACGGAGGCGAACUGCCAAAGAGAUGCGCGAGUUCAAGGUAGUCGUCCUCGGCUCGGGCGGGGUAGGCAAGAGUGCACUUACUGUGCAAUUUGUUUCGGGAUGUUUUAUGGAGAAGUAUGAUCCGACGAUCGAGGACUUUUAUCGAAAGGAGAUCGAAGUGGACAACUCGCCGUGUGUACUCGAGAUCCUCGAUACCGCCGGUACCGAGCAGUUCGCGAGUAUGCGCGAUCUAUACAUAAAGAACGGCCAAGGAUUCGUCGUAGUUUAUAGUCUGACGAAUCAUCAAACUUUCCAAGAUAUCAAGGCGAUGAAGGAAUUGAUAACGCGCGUUAAAGGUACCGAAAGAGUACCUGUAUUACUCGUUGCGAACAAGCUUGAUCUCGAGCAUCAACGCGAAGUGGAUACCGCCGAGGGUAACGCUCUGGCGCAACUCUGGGGUUGCCCAUUCGUCGAAGCAUCUGCAAAGCAUCGCACGAAUGUGAACGACGUGUUUGCGGAGAUUGUACGCGAGAUGAACGUCAGCCCUGAGAAAGAGAAGAAAAGCUACUGUUGUUGCAGCAUCCUCUAAUAAUUAAUCAAAAUCCUGAACCGUGGGCUAAUUGAGCCAUGUUAGGUGAAGGAAAUGCAUAUAGUGGCUGGAUCGCGGUACACUUGGUGAAAAUUUCAUUCAUCCAGUGGCUACGCUCUCUCUCUUAGGCUCAAUGUUGGGCUUGUGCUGUGAAUUCGCCAAUCUGUAAGACUAAUAUUAUGAUUGUAAUGCCUGGAUUUUUGUGAAUUCAAAAUACGUCAAAGACUCAUGCCGUCUCUCUUGGUUCUUUUUCUAUUGGAAAAUCAUAGCCUGCUAUUUGGCUGGCUGUUAAAUAUUUUAAUAUACAUGGAUAGUAUUAUGUGUAAUAUUAUUGUAAUAUAUAAUAGUAGAUAUAAGUGGGCAAUGAAAGAGGUAACUCCGUCAGCAAAGGACCAAUACUCGAGAGAGAAAGAAUGAGAAAAGGGAAUAGCAAUUGGAAUAGGAAAGGACACAGAUACCAUCGAGGGUGAUAACAGAACUGCCCUGCAGUGGUUGUUACUUGUUAACAGCAAAACCAAACUCGAUACGUCUAGCUUUCUGCUCAAUCUAAAAGAUACACCCGUUGCGUAUUUGUUCCAGUCCAUGAACCUCUAUUACUCGCAGGUUAGAUUAACAAAGCAUUCAAACUAUUUGCAGAUAUUGAAGGAAUCACUGUGAUGGUCAGCCAUUUGAAAUAUUAAAAAGAAUUGGAAACAUUAGAAUAAAUGUUGUUUACAAUGUACAGUCAAGAAUUGGAAAGAAGAUAGGUUGUUUUAGAUACAUUGUGCAAUGAUUUCCAUUAAUGAUAUGUUACCUAUGCUCAAUGUCAGAGGCUGCAGUACAUUAUAUAGAUGGCUUGAAUGGUGUGUCGUUAAUGGUACUGGUAUUGAUUGUACAGUUCCAAUAUUAGAAAUACAUUUUAUUGAGGUGAACAUGAUGGAGUAUUGAGAAUGGUCACUAAUGAAUAGAAUUUUAUAUUUAAGACCAAAAUACAAAUAUCAAAAAGAUUUCAUAGUAUACCAGAUAUUGUGUGUAUUCUUAUUUCAAUAAGAAUUACCUUGAUCAGAAUAAAAACUGAAAGCGUAACACCCAGUGCUUUAAUCGAUCAAAGCACGAAAUGAAAAGGAACAAAAGAAAAGAAGAGGAAAGAAAAUUGCAGUAAUAUUACAGAAGGACAGUAGUGCAUAACAUCAAUCGUAAACAUAAUUAUAGGAUUUACAUGGUAAAGUGUGUACGAUAGAAACAAAAAUACAAGAUCUUUAUACAAUUCCAAAAAGUUUUAUGGCCAAUUUGAAACAAAAGAAACCAGCAAGAGGAGAGAGGUGAGACUUUGAAAUGUUUUUUCACGAAGGCUUGCUGGUACAUUGAUCCCUUCAACUGCAAAAUACGUAUGUGGUACUCAUAAUAAUCAAUAUAUCCAUUGCUUUGUACGAACAAAAAAUCUCCUUUCGAAACUGAUUAUCAUUGAGUUUGUGAAUGUAAACAGAUAGAUGUAACAAAAAAGAAAAAAAAAAGAAGCAAUGGACUCCCUUAUAAGUAGUAGUAGGUCGUGUGUAAUUUUUCUCGUGUGAUCAAAAAAAAAAUCAUAUUAUCCGAUGUUAAAUACCGCUUUUAUACCAUAACAGUCAUUACAUUAGCUCGAUACAUUAUUAUUUAAUGCCACCAUCGAAGUCAUUAAUUUCCGUGUGAUCACUGCAUAACGUACCUUAGUAAAAAAAAAAUGAGGGUUGUUCAAUUUGAUUAUCUUCUCUUUUUUUCUUUUUUACAAAUUUUAAUGGGAGGAUAUUAAUAUCCUGAUUUUAUAAAAACAAAAGAAAAUGUGAAUUUAUAGUUUGUAUAAUAUCUACUUGUUCGUCUCAAUUAACUGUCUUUCCGAUCGAUUACGAAUGUUGAAUUGUACACGACCGACAGCGCUUCCCGUAUUCGAAUGUGUCGAAGGGCCGCGAUAUCGAACUGAAAAGUUUCAAACGAACUGAUGUACAGUAUUUCUAUCAUUGGUAGUUAGAAAGGACAAAAAAGAAAUGAGUCCAACGAUAUAGAAUUCUUGGGAAGAGUUAUCGAUCGUACACUUAAUUCGUUCUCUCCAAUUGUCGGUGCACUUUUAGAAAUGUCAUUUCGUAGCGAAUAUGCGGGGCUGGAUGUUCUUCUUUCUAACAUCGCAAAGCAUUUAACUUUGUGCGUUAAUAACUAUUAUACAUGGUUCGGAAAUUUCUGUUUUUUUUUUUAAUUUCUCAUAAUAAGUUUAAUUAUACGUUUCACGUUAGAUAAUUAUAUAUUAUAAGUUUAAACGAUUAUUUGUUAUUUUUUACAUUUUAGUCUCAUUCCAAAAUAUUAGUAUUUAUAAUUUGAUACUUUAGAAACCAUUAUACAUCACAUAUGUAUAUGUAUAUGUAUAUGUAUAUGCAUUAGGGGAACGAAGUACUCGAAUAUACAGUAGAGUAUAUAGAGGGAGAAUCCGAAGUAGCCUCGCGUAUUCGUCUAAUGAAGGGUGCUAAUACGUUUCGUCAGUUUAAGAUUGGUGAAGCGUAUACCGACGUAGCGAAUCGGCCAUUUAAUAUAUUUCGUUAUUGUACUCAAAUAAUAUAAACACAGACAAAGAAGAAAAAAGGGGGAAAAGUGAGUGGGAGGGGGGAACAGGAGGUGGCAACACAGAUAUAAUUAUUCGUAUCCUCUAUUUUAUCACUCGGAAAAUUCAUAGUCUCGCUGUGAUCCCGUAGAUUAUAACCGCAGUUUUUCUAUUAAAAGGCGACGAUAAUAACCGCGUAUAGAAGCCUUUCAACGGCGAAUCAAAGGGCCUCUUUGUGAAACGUGUAAUCGCUCUCGCUCUAUUAUCGUUACGUUUUUUCGCCCUCCUGGGUUUUUUGUGCUUCGCGAAAACCAUAGAUUGGCAAAGAGAAUAAUAAAAAAAGAAAGAACGAAAAAAGGAAAGAAAACUGGUAGAGUGAGGGGUUGGACACAGGGGUGGGGGAAAAGUAAAGGACGCUCAUUGACUGCCCGCGGGAUAGCUUUCUAAGUACAUUAUAUACACACUAAAUGCACGAAAAAAAAAAAACGGAAAUAAAGGAAAAAAGAAGUUUCUAUAUUUGUAUCGCUUCUGAACGUACACGCACACGUUUCUCCGGCGUGGGAUCGCGUUUUAAGAAUAUUUUUCUAAAGAAUGCACUGAAAACUUUUGUACACGAGAGAGAGAGA